AAAAAAACACUUCUCCUCCCCUCCUCCUAGUCAAUAACGAAAACCAAGAUCGAUUUUCAUCAUCAUACCAUUUAAUAUUAUCGAUAUUAUCAUUAAUAUUAUCAAUCAGUAUCACAUUCGAAAAUGAUGAAGUUGAUCAAAGUCAUAGUUAUUAUAGCCAUUACAAUGGCUCUCACCAUCUCUCUACUCACCAUGCAACACAAAUCAAACAACCCUGGAUUUCAUGAGGAUGUAAAAGUUUCAGACGUGGAAGUGACGAAGAGGGUGAAAACAAGUCGAUUUCUAGCUCAACAAGAAAUCAAGAACCCUAGGGCCGCGGAUCAUUGCCAUAAAGACAAUGAAAUAUGCCACGUGUCGGAAGGUGGUCGAAAUUCGACAUGUUGUAACAACAAAUGCAUGGAUUUAGGUUACGAUGAUCACAAUUGUGGUGCUUGCAAGAAAAAAUGUCCAUUCACAGAGACUUGUUGUAGAGGCCAAUGUGUGAAUUUGUCUUAUGACAAAAGGCAUUGUGGAUAUUGCAAUAAUAGGUGCAUGACAGGUGGAUAUUGUUUCUAUGGCAUAUGUGAUUAUGCCUAAAUAUGGAUCGAUGAAGACCUCAACUCAUUCUUUACUUUUGAUGUUUGAUUUUCAUAAAAAUACUAUUUUUAGUGGAAGAAAAGCUCAAUUUAUACAUAUAAAAUAUUUAUUUUUACCAAUAAAAGUAAUUAACCACAUUUAUAUUUUGUGGUUUAAUUAGUUACUCCUAAGAAACAUGGGAUUUAUACGUACAUAUGUAUGGUGUAACAAUUUCAUACAGAGUGUAUAUUGAUAAGUAUUUUUGUAAACAA